CAAUGUCUUCAGCGGUUGUUCAAAUAUAUGCAGCAGAUCGUAAUGCCAUGUGGUCAAAGAGAUGCUGUGGUAUAGCUUGCCUUGUAAAAGACAAUCCACAAAGGUCUUAUUUUAUCAGAAUAUAUGACAUCAAGGAUGGGAAACUAUUGUGGGAGCAGGAACUGUACAAUAACUUUGUAUAUAACAGCCCUAGAGGGUUUUUUCAUACCUUUGCUGGAGAUACGUGUCAGGUUGGCCUUAAUUUUGCUAACGAAGAAGAAGCUAAGACAUUCCGAAAAACAGUAACAGAUUUGCUUGGACGACGGCAAAGAAAAUCUGAAAAGAGACGGGACCCACCAAAUGGUCCAAAUCUACCAAUGGCAACUGUUGAUAUAAAAAAUCCUGAAAUUACAACUGGCAGAUUUCAUAAUUCACAAGUCAACAAUAUUUCACAUACCAAAGAAAAGAAGAAAGGAAAACCUAAAAAGAAGAGAUUGACAAAAGCAGAUAUUGGAACUCCAAGCAACUUCCAACACAUUGGACAUGUUGGUUGGGAUCCAAACACAGGCUUUGAUGUAAACAACUUGGACCCAGAACUGAAAAAACUAUUUGAUCUGUGUGGAAUUUCAGAGGCUCAACUAAAGGACAAAGAAACUUCAAAGGUCAUAUAUGAUUUCAUUGAAAAAACAGGAGGAGUAGAAGCUGUUAAAAAUGAGCUGCGGAGACAAGCACCACCUCCACCACCACCUCCAUCCAGGGGAGGACCACCUCCACCACCGCCUCCACAUAGCUCAGGUCCGCCUCCUCCUCCUGCCAGGGGAAGAGGGGCUCCACCUCCACCUCCUUCAAGAGCUCCCACAGCAGCACCGCCACCCCCACCUCCAUCUAGACCAGGUGCAGCAAUGCCCCCACCUCCUCCAAACAGGAUGUAUCCUCCUCCACCUCCAGUGCAUUCAUCAUCUGCACCAUCUGGCCCUCCUCCUCCGCCACCACCUCCAGCAAGUGGGUCAUAUGUACCUCCACCACCUCCUCCACCACCACCCCCUCCGGGUCCUCCUCCACCACCAGGCCUCGCUUCAGAGGCCGAUCAUCAACUUCCAGUUCCUGCAGGAAACAAAGCAGCACUCUUAGAUCAAAUAAGAGAAGGUGCCCAAUUAAAGAAAGUAGAACAGAACAGUCGACCAGUGUCCUGCUCAGGAAGAGAUGCACUGUUAGACCAGAUACGACAGGGCAUACAGCUGAAGUCUGUAUCUGAUGGCCAAGAGACUGCGCCACCCACUCCGGCACCCACCUCAGGAAUUGUGGGUGCAUUAAUGGAAGUUAUGCAGAAAAGGAGCAAAGCCAUUCAUUCUUCUGAUGAAGAUGAGGAGGAAGAUGAUGAAGAAGACUUUGAGGAUGAUGACGAAUGGGAUGAUUGAUCAUAUAUUAUAUAUUAUAUAUAUAUUUUUUAAGGUGAUUGAAAUACUAAACACUACUUUCUGUCUAUGGAUUCUGUAAAAUUAUCAUGUAAAUGUUCUACCAAUUUGCUGUAUAUUUUUGUUGCCUUUUGCUUUUUUAUUAAUCUGUGCAAUACCUCAUUUAAUCUGUAAAGGUUUGUCAAAAUCCUCUACAAAGCUACUCCCUAUUAAUGUGUGCAAGUUUACAUCUGGAUGAUCAUAUACAUGUGAAUAUUUUUCCAUUCCAUCAAAAAGGGAGUUUAAAUGUAAUAAGUGAGACUGACAAAAACCUUAAUGUAAUUUAGUUAUAAUGCAAGAAGGAAGACACUAUUUUCAUACCCUACUUUUUUCUGUAUCUAAAUUUUUCUUAUUAAAAACUAGUGUAGCACUACAUUCUUUAAAUGAUGCAGCUCUUAGUUUAUUUAGCCCCUACAUUUCAAAUACUCUAGUACGUGAAUGUUAAGGUUGAUUAUAAUAUUGAACGGUUUUCGAUACGUCACAUCCUUCCAGUUCAGAUCUCAGCAAUAUGCUUUACAUAUAACAAAACCACUACAAAAAUACACAGCUAGUUAUGAAAAUCAACAACUUAUCCAUAAUGUAGCAAUAUUGUCUACUCUUGGACAGCAGUGAUAUUUGAAUGCUUUAAUUAGGGAUCUCUCCACCUGAGGUUAAACAAAAUGAUUUUGUAGUAUAGCAGUAGUGAAGGCAUCUUUGAAGCAAACCAGUUGAUUCCUUACUGCCAGCUAUCAUCAUCUGGAAAGAGAAGCAGUCUAAAUUGCUGGAGCUGUACUGUAGCCUGGCAGUUGCUACAGUCAUUUGAUUUAUUUUUAAAAUCAAUUUUAUAUGGUUUUGGGUUGAAGGGCUGCGUUUAAUGCUUGCUUCAAUAAUGUUUAAAUUCAUUUUAAAAUGUGUAGGGCAUUGGUGUACUAAUAAAAUAAACUUAAGUGGUGUUAUUUUUCAGUCUUUAUGGGUUAUGGUACAUAAAUACUAGACACCAGUCCUACAUCAAAAAAGUGGAAAGUCUGUAAAUCAGAAUAUACAGUUUAAAUGUGUACUGAACAUUAUUGCAAUAGUUCUGGCUUCUUAUGUUGGCUUUAAGCGCAAGACUUGUGGGGAAAGAUCAAGACCCUAUUCACAGGAAUAGUAUUGGAAUAAAUGAUUGGAGGAUGGAUCUCUUAUUUCACAGCUUGCACAAUUGUAAUAAAUAUGUACUUAAUAGUGUGGUAAAAAUUGGAGUGCCUGCCUAUUAAAAUACACUAAUCUGCUCUAGGAUGGGUAUUUAAUGUCUGCAGCACUAAUUACUGUACCUACAGUAAAUUUCAGGUAGAAACAUCAUCUUUAUUUUAAAGAACCACAUUAUUUCAUUGAUGCAGAGUGUUUAGUUAAGUCAGUCAUAUUUGGAGUAUAGUUAACAUAUAGUAUCUUCAGUCUUUGACUGUAGUCAAGGUAUCACACUAAACUUAAGUUAUCCAGAAUUGUAUUGACUGAAACCCAGUGUUGUCCUGAUCUUGACAGGCUGGACCUGCAUGAUGUGGCUUGGAUUUCUAACCCUGUUAUAAUCUAGUCUUUAUUGAUUGAGUCUCUAGUCAUGUGGGAAGAAAGGAAUUUAAAAGGUUGACUUGCCGAAAAGUGGUGUGAGUCGUGAGGUAGUAGUUAAAUUAUUCAAAGGAUGCUAACUUCCUUCCCAGAUUAAUUUAAGCGCAUAUAACUUUGGGAAACUUCUGAGUUGUUUUAUUUUCUUGCAGUAAUGUUCACAUUCUACUAGCUUUCCUGCUGUAGUGACUUGAGCAUUGUGAGCUGAAUGUGGGUGAGCCUUGGGGGAACUAAACAUCCAGUGGGUUUAAGAGUUUGUGCACAAGUUAAAUAGUUUUAUGGCUUUGAUAUAACUUCUGGCAUCUCCUUUAUUUUUAUAGCACAAGGGCAUUUAAAGUUAAGUGGAUGAGUCCCAGAUGCUCUCCUAACACACUUCUUAUUAGGAACUGUUUAACCCCUAUGCUUCAGGAGUUGGGAUUUCUGUACCCUAUGUAACAAACUCUCUGUUGUAUAAUUACAUUAAACAAACAAAUAAACAGGGAAUCCCAAUUCCCCAUGUUGCAAGAGCUGGGGAAGUUAAACACUAUAUAUUUUGAAGAACAGUUUCUUCAUUGGCCAAAGGUGGCAUUUGACUUUGAUUUUUCUGUACAAGAAGUAUAUCUAUUUUAUUGCACAAAGUCCAAAUUAAUAUUUGCUUUAAAACAGUGUGUGUGUGGUUAAACCCAGGCAUGAAGACUGCAAUUGCAAUUAAGCUAAAAUAGCCAUGGCUGCAUGUUUCAGCACUCCACCACUUGCGCUGUGGGCAGAAGGUAGUGUUUCAUGGCAUUGAUUCACUAUCGCUAAACAUUGUAAUGAAGGCCUCUCAUAUAUACUCCAGUUAAAUUACUGUGUCCAAGUAGCCUUAGCAAUUAACAUACUAGCAUGAGGCUUUUGUAUCUUGACACUAUAUGUGCAUAGACGGUAUCAGCUAGCCACUUAUUUGUACGUAAGAACUUCUCAAUCAUUCAGUUUUCCAGUUAUCAAACUGAAAUUUUUAGUAUGUGAAUUUUUGAACUGUACAGUGAAUAGGAUGUUGCACUGGUGGCAAUUCAUCACGGAGCAUAAUAAAAUUAAUUUGACCCAAAUA